CUACUAUACUCCUUGUUUGAAUGCUCACUACUGAACUAGCAGUGCAAGCUUCGCGACGUUGUCAUCCGGGCUGAAGCCCUGCACGCGCCUGUCCUCGUGAUAUCAUGUUUCUCCUGAAGGAAUUCUUCUAUGCUGUAUAAGACUUAACGCUGAAAUUUGUCGGACGCAUGUGUCAGCCCUUGUCUUCACUGGAUGACUCCGGCCUCUAGGAAUCUUUCCGCUCUUACCUUAGCAUCCAGCCUGGCUGGAAGGCUUUUAGGAAGGCAUGCCGACAGUGCCAGCUUGCUGCGAAGCUUGCCUGCCGCAACCGGCAUCGGGCGUGUCGCCACACGCUGGCAUGUGGCUCUAGAUACCAAGCAGCCCUCUCCUAGCCAUCGCCUAGGCUUUGCGAGCAUGGCGCAGCCCCAGCAAGAACAUUCGUCGUUGCCCGUCGAGCAACGACAACUUCAGGACCAGCAGCAACCGCAGCAGCAGCAGCCCCAGACAGUCCAGCCGCAGCAAUCAAGUGCCCCUGCUGCCCCCCCACCCCUGCGACCCUUCACCGGAUUCAAAAAGACGUUUUACAAGCGGAAGCUUCCCUCGCCGCCGGCAAUCGAGUUCUCCUCGCCCGAGGGUCGGCAGUUGUUCCAGGAGGCGCUGCUGGAGGGCUCCAUGGUGGGAUUCUUCAAGCUCAUGGAGCAGUUCAACACCCAAGACGAGCCCGCCUUCUGCGGCCUUGCCUCCCUGGCCAUGGUGCUCAACGCGCUGUCCAUCGACCCGCGCCGCACCUGGAAGGGCUCAUGGCGCUGGUUCCAUGAGGCCAUGCUGGACUGCUGUCGGCCGCUGGAGCUGGUCAAGAAGGAGGGAAUCACGUUGUACCAGGCUUCCUGUCUGGCUCGCUGCAACGGCGCCCGUGUCGAGAUGCGCCCCCACGGCAGCACCUCCCUGGAGCGAUUCAGGGCCGAGGUGGAAGCCGUGUGUCGGAGCGGGGAGGAACACAUCGUGGUGUCGUACAGCCGCAAGGCGUUCCUGCAGACGGGUGACGGUCACUUCAGCCCCAUCGGCGGCUACCACCGGGGCAGGGACCUGGCACUGGUUCUGGAUGUGGCGCGCUUCAAGUACCCGCCCCACUGGGUGCCACUGCCCAUGUUGUACAACGCCAUGUCGUACACCGACCCCGAGACCGGCCGCCCACGCGGCUACAUGCGCCUGUCCUCCAACCCGCUGCUGGACAGCGUGCUGUUGUCGCUGGACAUCCGGAGUGAGGGAUGGCGGCCGGCAGAUGCGUUCGUGCGGUCGGGGGCGGCGGAGCUAGUGCGGGAGCUUGCGGCUCAAGGGGGCCUCAGCGGAGAGGAUGUCGUACGGCAGGUGGUUGACGCCAUGCCGUUAGCCUCCCUAGACGCCUUCCUUGUCGUACGAUCCGGUGCGCCAUUAGUAAUGGCGGGACGGGAAGCGGCGGCGACGGCGGCGGCUGUCGUACUGGAUGUCGUGCCCGAGGGUCCGCCGUGCGCGACGCCUGACGCCAUGGCGGCGGCGGUACGGCAAGCGUCGGAGGUGGGUACGGCAGCAGCAGCAGCAGCCGCUGCCGCUGGUAAUGCUGCCGCCGCCGCCGGCGACGUCGAUUCGACUUCCACCGCUGCCGCCACGUCAGCUGCUACUGCCAAGGAUGCUGAUGUGGACCACAGUUUGGAUCCAUUCCUUCGUUCGCCGUACGGCACCAGCAGUCACCACCGUACGGUAUCGUACAGCAAGAAGGCUCCUUGCUCCGGCUCAGGUGGCGCUAGCAAGGGCUGCGGGGGCGGCUGCGGCUCAUCAGCUGGAGGCUGUGGCAGCAGCACGACAGCGGCAACUGCAACUGCAACUGCAACCGUCACAAACGGUCCCCAAAGCACCCCCAAUGCAACUACCACCGCAGGCAGUGGCGCAUGUUGCAGUAGCAGCAACCCUAGCAGCAGCAGCACCCCUAGCACAACCACCACUAGCAGUAGCAGCAGCAGCAUCACCACUAGCAGCAGCAGCAGCAGCAACCACAACAGCAAUGUGAUGGCGGCAGCCGCUGCGGUGUUCACAGCUCGAGACCGCUGUGUUCCGCUGGGGCAGCGGCAGCAGCUGCUGGACGAGCUCCGAGGCAUGCCGCUGUAUCACCUGGUCUCCGCACACCUGGCGGCCAGGAGGGAGCAGGAGCAGGCGGGGACAGCAGCAGCUGCAGCAGCGGCUGCCUCGGGUGGGGCCUGUGCUGGGGGAACUGGCCCCACAUGCACAACGGCGACAGAAGGCGUUGAAGCAGCAGCACCAGGAGCAGCGGCGACUCAGCCUCAGCACCACCAACAGGCUCCGCAAUACCAGGCGGAGAAGGUGGUGAUGGCGCUGCUCAUGCAGUCGCCGGACGCCUGGCCGCCGCCCGAGGCCUGGGCGGAUGGCGCUGCCGCGGAGGCGCAGUGGCAGGCGCUGGUGGGGUGCGGCGGGUUUAGUGUGGUGGAGGCGGAGGCGGCCUACCUGCGGGAGCAGCUGGCGCACAUAGACGAGGUGUUGCAGAGUGGCGACAUACACGGUACCUGCGGCGAACACAGCUCUCGACUGGACUGCGCAGCGCACGGCCAUUGAACUCAUGCGGAGCGGAUAGGCUUGUAUGUGAUCAGGGUGUGGUGUGCCUGUUAUGAUGUGCUGUGCCUGUCGAGGUUCCUGUGGAAUUCCUGGUGUGUGCAUUGUUCAUUGUUAUUGCUGCUGUUGCUGGUCUGGUACGUCCACCUCUAUGGGCACGUGUUGUCAGCAAACGUACAGACAGCCGCAAUAGCAACACGUGAGAGAAGCGAGCGCAAACCCCUUCCUGAUGACACCCCACAAGGCGUGCCCAGGGGGGGCAGGGACUGUGCGGGAUGGGUG